AUGAGGCAGAGGAGCACGCCUCAGUCGUCCACCGCCAUGUCUACAGCCAAAGAUGAGCCUGAGAAAUGUAGCAGACAGAGGAAGGGCCUGGAGACCAUAGCCUCAUUGGUGCGCUCCGCGGAGGAGACACCAGAGCACAUCACUACAGAGGUACAAGGCUCUAUCCCCACAUGGAUCCAGGGCAAGCUGCUGCGCAACGGCCCGGGGAGGUUUGAGUUUGGAAACACUCACUUUAACCACUGGUUUGAUGGGAUGGCAAUGCUGCACCAGUACAACAUCCAAAACGGACAGGUGACCUACAUGAGUCGCUUCCUCCAGAGUGACGCCUACAAGAAGAACAGCGAGCGAGACCGCAUCGUAAUGUCAGAGUUUGGGACUCUGGCCAUGCCUGACCCAUGUAAAAACUUCUUCCAGAGGUUUCUCUCUCGGUUUGAAAUGAUAGAACCCACGGACAACGCCAGUGUGUCAUUUGUCACUUACAAAGGAGAUUACUAUGUCAGCACAGAAACCAACUUCAUGCACAGAGUAAAUCCAGAAAACCUUAAUACUGUGGAGAAGGUGGAUUGGAGCAAGUUCAUUGCUGUAAAUGGAGCCACUGCACACCCACACUAUGACCCAGAUGGCACGGCUUAUAACAUGGGCAACUCCUACGGCAGUAAGGGAGCUUUGUACAACAUCAUCUGCGUACCUCCAGAGAAGAAAGAGGCAACAGACACUCUGCAAGGAGCUAAAGUCCUGUGCUCCAUUGUUCCUGCUAACAAGUCCCAUCCUUCAUACUACCACAGCUUUGCCAUGUCUGAAAACCAUGUGGUAUUCAUCGAACAACCCAUUAAAAUGGACCUCCUGAAGAUUAUCACAUGCAAGCUCAGAGGAAGGCCUCUUGGCGAAGGCAUCUACUGGGAUCCUAAACUCGAUACUGUGUUUCAUGUAGUGAACAAGAAAACAGGCGAGGUGAAUCCAGUGAAGUAUCACACCAAAGCCAUGUCCACCUUCCACCAGAUCAAUGCAUUUGAGGAGGAUGGCUUCCUGAUGGUUGACCUGUGCUGUGCAGAUGAUGGAGACGCCAUUAACAACUAUCUGAUCCAGAACCUGCGCCAGUCAGGAGAAGCCCUCGACAAGGUGUACAACACUCUGUCCAGGCCUUUUCCUCGACGCUUUGUUCUGCCUCUGAUUGUGACCAGCGACACACCCACAGACCAGAACCUCAACUCACGGCCCAACAGUGAAGCCACCUGUGUCAAAGUCAGCAAAGAUAAGGUUUUCUGUCAACAUGAGGAUCUCCAUGGAGACGACUUAGUGGACUAUGGGGGCCUGGAGUUCCCUCAGAUCAACUAUCGUAGGUGUAACUCCAAACCAUACCGCUAUUACUACGGCUGUGGCUUCAGACACCUGGUGGGGGAUUCUCUCAUCAAGAUGGAUCUGAGCAACAAGACCUUUAAGGUGUGGCAGCAGCAGGGUUUUUACCCAUCAGAGCCAGUGUUCGUUCCUGCUCCUGACGCCACUGAGGAGGACGAUGGAGUCAUACUGUCCGUCGUUCUUACUCCAACACAAGAAAAAGGGACUUUCCUCCUGGUUCUUGAUGCCAGGACGUUUGAGGAGCUGGGCAGAGCCAACGUGCCUGUAAACAUCCCUUAUGGCUUCCAUGGGGCCUUCAGUGCUUCUGCCUAA